AUGGUUAAAUAUUCACCUUCAGGUGUCUCCCAUGUUUCAAGAGCAGGUGCAGGUAGCUGUCUGGAGACUCUAGAAAAAGGAAAACCACUAAUAGUAGUAAUAAACGAAAAGCUGAUGAACAACCAUCAACUUGAACUGGCAAAACAGCUCCACAGAGAUGGGCACGUCCUCCACUGUAACUGCAGCACUCUUGUGGAGACACUGCAGUCGAUGGACUUGUCAACUUUGAAACCUUUCCUUCCUGGACAGCCAGAAAAGUUUGCUUUGUUCUUGGAUAAAGUUGUUGGGUUUCAAUAAACAAUA